UACUUUUACUUCGCAGUUAUAUUUGUUGUUGUAUCAUCUCUUCAAAUAACGACACAUCAUCCUCUCCCUACACUGUUAUGCUACGACGUAACAUGUUGUUCCAGAGUAGCGUUAAAGCUAGCGUGGUUCAGGCUAACGUUAGCUAGAAGCUAGCUAGCGAUGGAGUAACGCUAGAACACUUGUGCUCACAAUAAGUUAACGUUAAAUUAUAAAUGAACCUGUAAGGUCACAUGCACUUUUCACAACACGUUUAGACAGUUACUACCGUAUAAUAAAUGGCAAACGUUUCAUUUCUACAUGUUAGUAGGCGUAACCGCUAGCUUCGAUUGACUUGCUCAACGUUAGCAUAAUGCUAACUAAUCUAACGUUAGCUAAGAGAUGACACAACUAAUUACAUGUCUUAAGAACGUUUGCUGAUAUUUAGUGAAAGUACUUAGCAUUCACCGGUGAAAGUACUUCGCGUUAAUGCUACCCAAAGUUACUAGACAUCAGAUGUUUCUAACUUUGAGAGUGUCAUUGUUGCUAUAUCCCAAUCACGGUGAUGAUUCUUCUCCAGCAAAAUAAGAACUUGUCAUUUUGUAAAUUAAGUUUGAGCUUUGUAAUGUGCCUCUGCCACACGCCGGGUCUCGGUGCUUGUUGUACAUCCUAACUGACUAAUUGUUGUCAUUUCCUUUGAGUACAUGUUGUAUAGUUUUGUAAUAAUUACACUACAAGACUCUAAAGCAGUGUUUUGUGUACUACCUUUUUCCCCAGCAGACAAUGAUCUUCAAGGAAGUGAUGGAUCUGGGAGUUUGGGUGGCCCAGAUGUCCGCAGACGAAUCCCCAUCAAACUCAUAUCCAAGCAGCCCCUAAGGAGCAAACCUCCGCCCCGCACCCAGAGACCCAGCAGCCGGCCAUCUAAAAGUGAGGGUGGAGAAACCGAUAACUUUGGCUUUAAGCAGGAGGAGAGGUUUGAUUGUGGAGCUAAAUCUGGUGAUGUGUUCGCAACUCAGAGGAGAUUCCCCCAGGCACUGUUUUGGGACUAUAAGUUAAAUUUGAUUGGAGAAAGGGAUGAAGUACCAAUUCACUUUUGUGAUAAAUGUGGGCUUCCUAUCCACCUAUAUGGACGAAUGAUCCCCUGCAAACAUGUGUUCUGUUAUGACUGUGCUUUGCUUCAUGAGAAGAAAGGAGAUAAGAUGUGCCCUGGCCUCACCAUGUUCAACUGCACAGACCCGGUGCAGCGCAUCGAGCAGAGCCUGCGUGGUUCCCUCUACAUGUGCAGCGUCGUGCCUGGAUGCAAGCGCACCUACCUGUCUCAGCGCGACCUGCAGGCCCACGUCAACCACCGCCACGUCAGAGUGGCCAAGUCGUCUGCCGGCCGACAGGAGCCCGUGCACCUGCCCCCCCAAUCCGAGGUCUCCGACCGUUUCCGCGCGCAUCCGCCUCACCUGCCCAAGAACCACGUUCACCUGCCCAACCCGCUCCAGCACAGCAGUCACGACCCCUACAGUCAGCCGCCCCCGCCCACAGCCCACGAAGCCCCGCCCCCGACCGCUCUCGGUCCCGAGACAUUCCGCAUCUCCACGGUGACGACCCGCAAGCACAGCAAUCUCAUCACCGUGCCCAUCCAAGAUGACUCUUCCUCUAGGGAGCCCCUCUCUGGUGGGCCGGGCCCCGCUCAGCCACCACACCACCACCCGGGAGACUAUCCUGGUCAGCCCCCUGUAGUGUCCCACUCUCACCACAUGAUGGCCCCACCGCAGCAACACUUCGGCCCCCCACCUCCCCCGCCUCCUCCCAUCAGCCACCCCAUGCAGCACCCUCCCCAGGCCUCCGGUACGCCACACAUGGUGUACAACCAGGCCCCUCCUCCCCCCAUGUCCACAGCUCCUCCACCAAUCACUCCGCCGCCAGGGCACAUCAUGGGCCCGAUGCCCCCCUAUAUGAACCACCCGCCCCCAGGACCGCCACCACAACACAGUGGCCCCCCAGUCAACGCCCCCCCACCUCAUCACUACAACCCCAACUCCAUGCAGCAGUUCCCCGAAGACCAGGGAACCCUCAGUCCCCCUUUCAGCCAGCCAGGAGGGCUCAGUCCCGGGAUGUGGCCCGCUCCGAGAGGGCCCCCACCACCACGAAUGCAGGGUCCUCCCCAGGGCCAGAUGCCUGGACCUCACCACCCAGAUCAGGGCCGAUACCGGCCUUAUUAUCAGUAAACUGCCAACUAAAUGAACAGGCAACAACCUGCUUCAUUCAGUUCCAUGCCACGCGUCUGAAUAAUGUGAUAGUAGACCUCAGGGUUUUAGGACUUUAAUUUUGAUAAGACAUCCCCCCCCAAAUGCAAAUGUGUAUGUGCUGCACAUUUUAGUUAAAUGUACUGAACCUCCCGCUGAACAAUUGAAUUGGAAUAGACUUUGAGAGGAACAGCAAUGUCCCUUUUUUUUCUUCUUUUUUUUAUAGCUUAUGGUAAAUAUUUCUGUAUAUAUGUCAGCUGAAUUCACACAUAUGUACUGUACAUUGAAAGACGCCAACUAUGUCUCAAUAAAUUUUUAACGGCA